AUGGAACAGCUCCUAGGGUCUCAAUGCAAUGAUAUCGACAUUGCCCUCAGCAAUAUCAUGGGUGUCGCUUUUGCUGAGCACCUUGCUGCAUUUGCGCAAGCGAAAGGCGUCCGGGCGGGAACUAUCAGCAAGAUUGCGGUGAACCCAGACCAGUCGAAACACCUCGAAACCGCGACAUUCAAAAUUUUUGGUCUAGAUAUCGAUCUCGUCAAUCUGCGAAGCGAAGAAUAUUCCGAGACGAGUCGCAUUCCAACUGAAGUUUUGUUUGGAACCCCUUUGGAAGAUGCUCGCAGGCGGGAUAUUACGAUCAAUUCCAUGUUCUACAACGUCCACAACCAUAUGGUUGAAGACUUUACUUCAAAGGGAUUGGAUGAUCUGCACGAGGGUGUAAUUCGAACGCCCCUUCCGCCAAAGGAGACCUUUCGUGAUGAUCCACUCCGCGUUCUCCGUUGUAUCAGGUUUGCGAGUAGGUUCGGUUUUGAGCUGGUUGCGGACAUUAAGCAGGCCGCUCAAGACUCUGAAAUACAGAACGCCCUUGUUACAAAAGUUGCACGGGAAAGGAUUGGCGACGAGAUUUCAAAAAUGAUGAAAGGCAUAGUAUAUUCAUCUUUCUUCGAAAACGAUUUUGAUUACACGCAUGCAGGACAAGAUCCACUUCACUCGAUUAGACUUAUCCACGAACUUGCUCUAUACCCUUCUAUAUUUUCAGCACUUCCGCCUGAAGUGUCGAGCACUCUUUCAUCUGCCCCCAGUGGAUCAGAACGGGCUGUAUCUGCAGCAGCCAUUUUGAACACCCUCCUUCUCCCUGAACAACCCUCUUUUCCCAAAGUCCAUCAUCGGCUCUUGGCCGCUCUUCAAACAGAUCCAUCUUGUCGUCCACGACUAUACCUUGCAACGGCCUUGAUCCCGUAUUUGGGAGUGACUUACCGUGAUAAGAAGAAAUGGCUUUGUCCCGCUGUUGAGGUUGUCACGAGAGAAGCAUUAAAGCUUGGCAAACAAAAUCACUAUCUUGACGGCAUUCCUUUGCUGUUCACCGCCGCAGAAUUGCUUGGAAGUUUUGUUACGCAUCACCUAACAUUACCGCCAGCAAAAGAAAGGAAAACAAUCGGGCUUAUUCUUCGCGAUAAAAGCGUUCACAACACGAAUGCUGGAGCACAUUGGACAGCUUCCCUUCUUUUUUCCCUUGUGGUACAACUCUCAAGAUUGUGCGAGUCGACGAAGGAUCUUAUUGAAAGCAAUGCGGCUGCCAGUAUAAUCACAUCCUAUAAUUCUUUUGUCGAAAAAAUUGAAGCACUGGAUCUCACGGACGCAGUGGAGGAGAAACCGAUCCUUGAUGGGCGCGAAAUUGUAUUGGCUCUCGGUGCUAAAAAACAUGGUGCUUGGGUUGGCGAAACCCUGGCCAAGGUUGUGGAGUGGCAGCUGGAGCACCCACAAGGAACUCGUGACGAUUGUCUCCUGUGGUUGGAACACGAGCGUAGUUCAUGGAAUCUUUGUUUCGACGAUGAUUCCUCAGGACCUGCGAGCAAGCGGGCGAGAACGAAGUGA